CUUCAUUCUGACCUACGCUGAUCGGAAAUCGACUUCCAUCGAAGCAAAUUUGACAAAAUUCUUGGACUAAAAAUGAAGAUUCCGAUUCGACACAUUCUUCUUAUGUUUAUUGGGGCAUUUCUUUUGAUUAAAGGUGAGAAAUGCUGGAAGCCUAUGGUUUGCGACGGGAAACCAACUUGGAGAGACGUCAAUACGAAGGGGCAGUGCACAGAAGAAGCAGAGAAGGCUUUGGAAGCUUUAACAAAACAAAUGAAUCAGAUGGAAAGUGCGCUUUAUCAACUAGAAAAGACGAUAAAUAUCAAAGGGACGACCAUUCCACAGGCAAACGAAAAUUGUGGCGUCGUUUACAAUUCCAAAUGUUUUCGAGCGAUCGUUUAUGUGAUGAAAAACGUCACAUCAAGCGAUUCUGAGUCGCUUUGCGAAAACAAACUUGCUAACAUUGAAGACGUCACACACUACAACCUGCUUCGAAAUUAUUUACGACCAAUGAUUCCUGAUGGAGAGACAUUUUUGUGGGUUCAUACGGGAAUGACGUACAAGAACGGUCAGUUGUAUUCAACAACGGGCCAAGCUAUGUCUCUGCCAACUGAGGUUUGGUUUCCUGAUACUCCGUAUGUCGAUGCAUCGUUCACAACUGUUGUUGUUCGUGUCAGUAGAUACCCGGAAAGCAUAUAUCAAGGGAUUUUUAAUGAACGAACUUCCAUCGAAGUUAACGGAGUCAUCUGUGAAAAUGAAUGAUAACUCUUUCCAUUGAAUGAUUGAUAAACAAAAAAAACUGUAGAAUUACCUGAUUUUAGCAGUGAUUGUUAUUCACCCUGGUAACUUAAACAAAACUUCAAAUUACUAUUUUCACAGCUGAACAAGCGUGUUUUUGUACUCCACAAUAUAUAUAUCUCUAAUAUGAUCUACAGGCGGGUUGUGAAAUAACUAUUAACAACGUGUUUAGGACGGUCAAUUUACCGAUACUUUGAGUUGAUGAGCUCUUAGCUUUGGAAAGUCAUGAUGAAGUUUCCGUAACCAGAAAUUUUUCCGUAUUGGCUCCCAGACCGAGCAAGCCUCGAACCGAUUUACAUAGGUCACAAUGAGCCCGAUAGAAGGUUGUACGUACACAUGACAUUUGGAAUAAGAUUUGAAAUUAUACUGAUAAAAGACGAGCAGACGAAUCAGUUCUUUUAUUCCCUCCAAUUCAAACACGAGGGUUAUAUGCUGAACCGAUGCGAUUUAUUGCUCACUCAUUCAAAUUGGCCGACUUUCUGACUUAAAACAGCAUUUUGUUGUUAGAUUUCUACCAAACAGACUCUGUUUUCUAUUUAUUUCUUAGAUGUGUUGAAGGAAUAUUUGAAUUUAUUAUUUCAACCCGAUUUGUUCCUGAGGGAAUGUUAAAUAUCAUAAAAUUAUUUGUAAUAAUAUUCGUUCUAAUAUGCAUUCCAUCUUCAAGUAAUUUCGUCGUUAUUGAAUUGAUUGAAUUACCCAACGGGUCGGAUUUUGCCCAUGUCAGUGUUAGAGGCACCUGGUUGAAUAUUUCGGUAAUAGUGAAUUAUUAAAAUUUUUCUAUUGACCUUUUCGCUUAAGUCAAAAACGUUUUUAAAAUCCAUCUGAUAAAACUCAUAAGUAUUGAAAUUCUGGGAAUGCAUGUUUGUAAGAAGUCCAAACAUAAAGUCAUGCGUUCUUUAAACAUUUUCAGAUUAUGACAAACCUAUGAAUAAAAGCUCAAAAUGCCUCUUACUUUUAUUCAUUGUGUUACUUUUUCUCAAUACUGUAUGUCACUGAGUUGCAUUUAAUUAAUUUUAAUGUUAGUUAGGCACAUUCUCAACACAUUAUAAUUUUUGUUCAUGGUCCUCUGUGUGUAUAUAUUCUUUUUUCCACAUUUUUAAAGUUU